ACUCGGUCGUUUUAGUCGAGGGGCCCGAAUAUUAUGAUUUUAUAUGCCUUGCUCAGCGGAAGUUUCGUCAUUUUAGGUAUGAAGUUUCAAAAAGGCAAGAAAUACGUUUGAUAAGAAGUGAGAUCUGAGGAAAACAGACGAAUAACACCAGUGUUGGGAUCGACAAGUUUAUUUUCGCGACAAAUAGUUAGUAAUUACUGCCACGAUGCCGAGAGUCGUCCCGGAACAAAAACAAAAAUAUGAAAACGAUGAGACGUUUAGGAAGUURGCGAGAGAAUCCGAGGUAAAAUACACUGCAUACAGAGAUAGAUCGCACGAAGAAAGAGUUGUGAGAUUUCAGACAGAAAUACGCGAUGGUCAAGCUCAUGUUGCAUAUGUUUCUUCGGGAACAAAUUUUAUCCUCACAUUUCCAAAGAACGAAGAUGGAAGUAUUUCUAAGGAAUAUUUAGACUUUGAGAGAGAGCCAGGAAAGGUACACAUCAAAAGUCAUUUCAUCCUGAAUGGUGUGUGUGUGAUAUUCAAAGGGUGGAUAGACCUACAGAGACUAGACGGCAUUGGGUUUGUUGACUUUGAUGAGGAAAGAGCAAAGAAAGAAGACAAAGUAAUGCGUGAAAGUCUAGAACAAACCAAACAAAGACUUGCCGAGUUUGAAGAGAGACAAAGGCAGUGGCGAGAAGAGCAGCAGAGAAAGGAGAACGAGGCAAGUAACCACCAGCGUAUCUAUAGACAAAACUAGGCCUGCGUCACCACCAAGGCCACCAUGGUAAAUAACAGCAGCUACGACAGCUAAAUGUAUCAUAUUAUUAUCAAUAUUAAUAUAUAGAUUUUAUUAGAUKAUUAUCAUUAUUAGAGUAUUAGAGUAUGAAAAGAGAUUUUUUGUGUGACUGUGGAAAAUGCAUGGUAGAGACAUUAUGCGAAGACUGCCAUGGUCCUGUGUUAGGCACUAGCGUAGGGAGGGUGUGGCACAAGGGGCACUUCCCCUGUUUUACCCCCGACUCUAUACCAUAAUAGUUUUUAAAAUUCUUUCAUAUUAAAAUUUUUGAUUCCUUAGAGAAUACAGGAACAAUAGUCAUAAUUAAAGAACAAAAGCAGUGUGAAAAGGAUGAUGGUCUAGAGACGGGGGUAAAACGUCAUCUCGCUUCAGGCUUAUUGACGGAAUAAGGACGUUUGUUUCUUUUUUCUGCUAAUUCUGUAUUGCCAAAAUGUUUUUUAAAAUGCUUUUUAUUCUGGGUGCUGCCCCCUAAUUCCUGGGGCCUUGCCACACCCCUGUAAGGUCAUUUUCAUUGGCUGCACAAUAACUUUACACUAUCGCUUGUUCAAAAGAAUUUGUCAAAUUAUAGACCUUUCUUAAAUUCAAUUGAGUGACUACGAAACGAAGGCCUCAAGGCUGGGCUUGAUACCAACUACCAGACUCCCUUGCUUACUUUCUUUUGUUCAGUUAAUUAGCACCAAUUGUCUUACUAUUCUCAUGAGGAAAUACAAAUUUGAAAAAGAAAGAAAAUUCGCGAGACAUUUUUGUAGUGGGAGUCAAAUGACGACAUCAUGCAAACCACCAAUAGACCCUUUGCAUUUAAAAGCAAAUUUUWAAAAUUACUUUAAAUUGGUGAUUGUUUUUAGCUACUUGUAAAGAAUACUGAAUGAAACGAUGUGUAACCAGUGUGUUACGAAAUGCAGUUUUAUUACGAUCUCUCAAAACAGGUUGUAGAAAGUUUGUUUGCUCACCAGUAUGUUUCACCCAUGGGAAUAUUUGCUCUUAGUGAAUUAAUCAGCACGUGAUUACUAAGCUGCAAAGGGCCUACUCCAUCCCAGACCAUGAAUAUAGUAGAACUAUUUUAUCUUAAUAUGUUUCAUAAGAGUAAUUUAAUAACAGCUGCAAUAUGUGUUAGCUAGUUCAGAUAAGGCAUAGAGUGAAGGCAUUAACCUGUGAAAUAGAUAUUAGACUAAUACACAUUAGUGGACCCUAAUUCCAUUGUUUUCUUUUGUGUCUAUUUGACUAUUACACGUUGACUAGUAUUUUUUAUUUCAUGGGUUAAAUCCCUUUACUCUAUGCAUAAUAUGGAAUUAAAGUAUUUAAAAAUUAUUUAUAAAGCAGGAGAGUAUGCAUAAGAUGUGUAUUAAUCUUUGGCAGACUGGUUUUUUUUAGCUGCUGGAUAAAAAAAUAUUAUGUUCCAUUGUUAAAAAAUCAAUUCUGCAAAGUGCAAUAAAGUUGAUGAUGAAAUAA